AUGUCUUACAAGCGUAAAUAUGAAGUGGUUGGAACGUUGCCAUCUGACGAGAACUGGAAGCCAACUGAUGAAGCUCACCCCACCCUGCAUCCAGCUAGCCCGACUCGGCAAAUUCCUCCUGUAGGUGUGUCACAGACUCAAUUUGCCAGACCGCCCCUCUGCCAACUCUCAUUAGAGCCAAGAGAGGAAAAUGAAUCGCUCUUCCUCGUUCCCGGAAGGUUAAAAGACAACCAACAGGGUGGUUGA